AACAUAAUCCCUUUUACAUCGGAUUGUGAAGGAGCUGAUUUCGUUUCCUUUCUAUGUGUUUAUAUUUCUACUCCAUACGUCACGCUGAACGAGUCACGUGCAGGAAAUGAACAAAACACUACCGCAGUCAACUACAUAACAGCUAAAAUUGCCAUGAAGGGACUUUACUGCAAACCAAGAGGAGACCACCAGGGUGAUGUGAAGUUUGUCUUACAGGAGACGAAUGUACCCACUAACAUUGGCAGCCAUCAGGUCAAAGUUCAAGUAAAAAGCUGUGCACUUAGUCCGGUUGAUUUUAAGCUGUAUGAGGACCUCAAGCUUGAGAACGAGCAUGUCCCAGUUGGAAGGGAGAUCACUGGGGUUGUUCUACAAGUUGGACCCAAAGUGACGUUUUUCCAGCCAGAUGAUGAGGUUGUUGGAAUUCUCCCUGUGGAUGCUGAGCAGUCUGGCCUUUGUUCUGUUGUGCUUAUUGAUGAAUAUAAUUUAGUUCAGAAGCCUGAGAAAGUGAGCUGGUUUGAAGCAGCGGCAGUAAUUAAAGACGGUCUCAGGGCCUACACAGCUCUCCAUACUCUGGCUCGGAUGGCUGCGGGUCAGACUGUACUAGUGCUGGAUGGGGCUGGUCCCUUUGGAGUUCUAGCCAUUCAGCUAGCCCACUAUCACGGUGUGAAAGUCCUGGCUACAGCUUUGUCUCCGGACGACCAGAAGUUUUUGGAAGAGCUCCGGCCGAGUGUGGGUGUGCAGGAAUCACUUUUGGCUCGAGUGAUCAGAAUGUGGGACUCAAAGGAGAACUUGGUGGACUCAUGCCUUGAAGAAACUGGAGGUCUUGGAGUGGACAUCGUCAUUGAUUCAGGAGUGAGACUCUAUGAGGAGGAGGCAGAAGCUCAGGGGCAUCGCCCACAUAAACAUGACCUCCUUACCCUUCUGUCAGUUGGAGGUCAUUGGGUCACCACAGAACAACACUUACAGCUGGACCCUCCUGACAGCCACAUUCUCUUCCUGAAGGCAGCGUCUCUCUCGUUCCUUAAUGAUGAGGUGUGGACAGCAUCUCGUGCCAGGCAGGGCCGAUAUCUUCAUAUCUUGAAAGAUGUGAUGGAUAAACUCAGCACAGGGACUUUCAGGCCGCAGUUGGAGGACCCUGUGCCUUUAUAUGAAGCCACGGUCUCCAUGGAGAUGGUGCAGAGAAAGCAAAUGAGGAAGAGAAUAGUUGUCAAGCUUUGAAGAGGACUGAAAAUAUGUUUUACAUAAUUCUGUAAAUUGUAGUCAUCGUUGUUAUAAAUCAUGUUGUAAGUUGCAUUUUCAAUGGAUUGUAAACACAUUAAAAUUCUUUAAAUGGAAA